AUGUCGCCUAUCUAUCAGUUACCACUUUCAGACGACAAAGACAUCGCACCAGAUAAACAAUCGGAUACAGAAACUGAAGGGCUGUUAGCCACCAUCCCAAGUGUGCUCUGGACUCAGCACUCUACGGACGUAGGACUCAUAAAGUCAGCAGGACAGGUUUUGAUAAAACUUAAACCUAAUGUCAGGUACCCGUAUCAGAAACAAUAUCCACUAACACCACAGGCUCAGGCAGGGAUAGGGCCUACACUCGAGGGGUUAUUGGAGGCAGGGGUUUUAAUACCAACACAUAGCCGCUGCAACACUCCAAUAUUCCCAGUUAGAAAACCAAACUCAGAUAAGUGGCGACUUGUGCAUGAUUUACGUGCCAUUAACCAUAUAGUUGAGGCAGAAGCGCCCAUAGUCCCAGAUCCACAUACGUUACUCUCCAACAUCCCAGGCAAUACUAAAUGGUACACGGUUAUUGAUUUGUGUUCAGCAUUUUUCAGUAUUCCACUGCAUCCAGAUUCACAACAUUUGUUUGCGUUCACGUAUAACGGCCAACAGUACACAUACACGAGAUUGCCCCAGGGCUAUUGUGAAAGCCCAUCAAUUUUCAAUCGCAUUGUGGCUAGGGAUCUAGCUUCAUUGGAUAUUGAUAGUCUUCUCCUGACAUAUGUUGAUGACAUCUUGAUUUGUAGCCCAACUAAAGAACAGUGCCAGGCAGACUCCCUAAAAGUAUUGAGACUCUUAGCAGAAAACGGACACAAGGUGAGCAAGGAAAAGUUACAGUUCUGCAAACAGGAAGUAGAGUAUCUAGGAAGAGUUUUGCAUGGCACUAGUCGUAAGCUGUCGCCUACGCAUCUAGAGGCGGUCCGUAAAGCUGAUCAAAAGAAAGCUGCAUUGGUUUGGACGACGGAGGCCAUUGCAGCUUUCGAAAUGCUGAAGGAGGAUCUUUGUACAGCACCAGCGCUAGCGAGUCCUGAUUACGGUAAGCCAUUCUUCCUGUAUGUAUCAGAGAAACGAGGCUUCGCUAAUGCCGUGUUAACUCAGCAACAGGGACCAGGCAAGCAGCCUGUUGCUUACUUUAGCUGCAGGCUAGACAACAUUGAGAGUGCUAAACUAGCCAUCGUCAAAUGUUUAGCGCAUAAAACAGAUGGCUCUUUUGUUACCAGUGGAAACACUACAGCAGAUGAGGCAGCAAAAUCAGCAGCUUUAGGACAUACCAACAUUAUGCUUGUGACCGACUCUGAAGGCGAUGACUACCCAGAAACGGACUUAACCUCCUUAGCCGCAGCGCAAAACUCGGCCUCAGUAGCACCAGAUCCAGGGGCUGGAGCGAGACGUGAAAGAGCGCAGGAGCAGGAUCCACUGAUAAGGGAAUUCGAGACGCGAAGGCGUGAUCCAGCUGUUCCCGCCUCACAACCCCCUUCGGUGUUCGUCGGCAACAUUUCUAAAGACUGUGACAUGACGGCAGAUACAAAAGGAUUGAAGAUUAACGUGUGGAGACAGUGGAAAAAGGACUAUAUUGAUCUGAACCAGCCUGACCUAUCUAAUGGGACUAGGCCGCUGGCUGAUGUAUUCUGGUAUUGUGGAUAUAGUGUUGCUAGGCAGACCCUGCCACCCGGAUGGGGAGGAUGCUGUGCAACAGUGGUGCUGACAGGAAAACUAACUGUGCUGCAAGAAAAGAAGAUUAAUGCAUCAGGUCGACGAAUUAAGCUCGACCUGGGACGAUUUGACAGGAGCAGUGGGGUUUAUGUGGAUUGGAGAGGGGUUCCGAUGACACAUGAGAUUGAGUCUCCGUCUAAACCCAGCAAUGGCAGUGAUGAAUUGGACUUAAUAAAGAUGAUUGCAUAA